AGUAAACAAAUCACACAUGCACUUUUUAUUUUACCAAUUUCCUUAUAAUUUAAUAGAUUUUCACACAAAAAGAUGAUAAUUAUCGAAUAAAAAGUAUCAGCAAAAGUCAUACAAGAUGUUCGUUUUAGCAGAUUUGAAAGACACAAUCAGAAUUCCCCCGGAACAGUUUCAUCUCAAGUUGCCAGACGCAAUAAAAGACGAAAUUAACAGAAAAUUAGCGAAUAAAGUACUUUUAAACGUUGGCUUAUGCAUCGCAUUAAGAGACAUCAAAAAAUUAGGAGAUUCCAUCAUUUUACCGGGCGACGGAGCAAGUCACACAGUUGUUCAUUACAGAUAUAUCGUUUUUCGACCGAUGAUUGGCGAGGUUCUUACUGCAAAAAUUCGCAGUUGUAGCAGGGAAGGCGUUCAUGUCACUUUAGGCUUUUUUGAUGACAUUUUAAUACCAGCAACGGCAUUACAGCAUCCCUCCCGCUACGAAGAAGCGGAACAAGCAUGGGUAUGGGAGUAUCCUUUAGAAGAUGGGGGCCAUCAUGAUCUCUUCAUGGACAUAAAUAAUCCGAUUAAAUUCAAAGUCACGGGAGAAACUUUCGAAGAAAGCAGUCCAAUUGGACCUCCAGUUGGCGAUGAAGCGAAUUCAGCAAAUGCUGCAGAUCCCAAAGUUCCUUACCGCAUAACGGGUGCCAUAAAUGAAUCGGGACUUGGAUUGCUAUCGUGGUGGGAUCAACAGAACCAAGACGACGACGAAAAUGUUGAUCCCGAAGAGGAAACGGAAGAACCAUUCGAUGAAAAUGAAUAAAAAAAACAAGAUUUUUUUUUAAAUAUUUCCUUUUUUUGUUGUAU